UGUAUCACCAGACAUUGAUUUCUAAAGAUUCGAAUCCCUCGUUGCCAAAAGGUGUUCGAGAAAAAUCGCGACCCGUUGUGCUUCUUUUUUUCCACGUUGCCUUUCAAUGUUUGCCUCGAUUCGAAGCAGGAGUCCAUCGAAGACGAAGAAAUCCACCAAAUCAUUCAAGUUCACCUCGUCUAAAAAGGAGAAGAAAGAAAAGGACAAAGACAAGGACGAGAAGAAGCUGAAGGACAAGGACCGAGAGAAGGAGAAGGCAAAGGACAAGGAGAAAGAAAAGGAGAAGACCAAAGAAAAGGAGAAGGAGAAAGAGAAGGAGAAGCGGAAGGAAGAAGAUGCUCACGGCAAAGACCGAGACACGGACGAUUCUGCCAAAGAGAAGAAGAAGAAGGAGAAGAAUGAUGGGAAGGCCAAGAUCAAGUUGGCAAUCAAGGACAAGAAGGGAAAAGUAACCAAGCAUGACGUCGAGGAGCCCACUGAAUACGAACAACCUAUUUUUGGAGUGCCAUUGCAUUUGGCCGUGGAACGUCAUCGUUGCCAUGACGGUGUUGAAUUACCUGGCGUUGUUCGAGAAUGUCUGGACUACAUAGAAGAGCACGGU